AUGGAGAGCAGGAGCACGAGGGAGCAGCAGCCAUGGAGCUACAGCUGCAGCUUCCCCACGAGCUUCGCGUGGCCGCCGCGGUCGUACCAAUGCAGCUUCUGCAGGCGGGAGUUCCGGUCGGCGCAGGCCCUCGGCGGCCACAUGAAUGUCCACCGGAGGGACAGGGCCAGGCUCAGGCACGGUUCCCCUCCUCCUCCUCCUAACCCUGCAGCUUCUGCAAACCCCAACCCUAGAUGGGCUGCAGCAGCAGCAGCGAUCCCCAAUCUCAACUAUCCUCCUCCGCCACCAAUGGCGCCGCCGCCAUCGCUGUACCGUCCGCACAGCAGAAGCAGCAAGAGCCAUGAGCGCUCGUUGUCGGUGGCGGCGAAGGCGAGGGAGCUGGAGGUUGAGGUGAACCUUGAGCUUGGGGUGGGGGUUGGGGUGCAGUGCUGCGCGGAGGAGGAGGAUUGCCUGGACCUUGAGCUUAGGCUCGGGUACUCCUGA